GGGGGGUCUUGAAGAGGAUUUAACCCCGGCCUUAGCGGUGGAUGGUCGUGGAGGGAGCCGCUUCUACCCGGCCGCUUAAGCAGCAUCUGUCGGGGCUUUUUUCCCCCUCCUCCAGAGCAGGUUAGCGGUCCCCUUUUCUGCUGGAGCCAGGAAACACCGAGCAGAUCUAAGCGACAUAGACCGGCUGGAGGAGGCUGCAGGGCGGCCCACAGAUUGCCCCGUUGACAGGUUGUCAUCAUGGGCAACGCGCCCACAGCCAGAAAGGGCAGCGAAAUGGAAAGCGUCAAGGAGUUCCUUGCAAAAGCCAAAGAGGACUUCCUCAAGAAAUGGGAGAAUCCUUCACAGAACACUGCUAGCCUGGAGCAGUUUGAGAGGUUGAAAACCUUGGGCACGGGCUCAUUUGGCCGCGUCAUGCUGGUGAAGCACAGAGAAACGGGACAGCAUUACGCCAUGAAGAUCCUCAAUAAGCAGAAGGUCAGUAUCACCAAGGGGAUCGUCCAGGUCCUUAAUCCUCAGACUAAAUUAUUGUAUGUUUUUGUAUUUGUGUGUAAAAGAUGGUUUCUAAUAAUAUUUUUCUCCAUCCAGGACAACACCAACCUUUACAUGAUCAUGGAAUAUGUUCCAGGGGGAGAGAUGUUCUCCCACCUGCGGAGAAUUGGCAGAUUCAGUGAGCCACACGCUCGUUUCUAUGCUGCUCAGAUUGUGUUGACCUUCGAGUACCUGCACGCUUUGGACCUGAUCUACAGAGACUUGAAACCUGAAAACUUGCUCAUAGACCAACAGGGCUACAUACAGGUUACAGAUUUUGGCUUUGCCAAACGGGUGAAGGGCCGGACCUGGACACUGUGUGGCACCCCAGAAUAUUUGGCUCCAGAGAUCAUUCUCAGCAAGGGAUACAACAAGGCAGUGGACUGGUGGGCGCUGGGUGUUCUGGUCUAUGAGAUGGCAGCGGGGUAUCCUCCUUUCUUUGCCGAUCAGCCGAUUCAGAUUUAUGAAAAGAUUGUAUCAGGGAAGGUGCGUUUCCCAUCUCACUUCAGCUCUGAUCUGAAGGACCUGCUGAGGAACCUUUUACAGGUGGAUCUCACAAAACGCUUUGGGAACCUCAAAAACGGAGUCAACGACAUUAAAGGACAUAAGUGGUUUGCAACGACUGACUGGAUCGCCAUUUACCAGAAAAAGGUGGAAGCUCCUUUUGUUCCGAAGUUCAAAGGACCGGGCGAUACCAGCAACUUUGACGACUACGAAGAGGAGGAGAUCCGGGUCUCCUUUAGCGAGAAAUGUGCCAAGGAGUUUGCUGAGUUCUAGCGUUAAAGCAGAAAAAAGAAUGAAAUAGGGAAAGUCUAAGGUAGGCUGGUCAAACAGGAGAGAAGAAAAGCGUCCUGUCUCCUGUCCAAAUAUGGGCGCCAGCUACGAAAAAAGGGAAAAAUCACAUAGAGGUGUGAAAAGAAGAUAGCAGACCGAUAACCAGCAGUGUUGCCUUUUCUGUUGCGUUUCUGUUGUAUUUAGUUUGAUGUCGUCUUAUUUAUGAAUCCCUUUAUAAUGACGCUGUGUUUCAUGGGUGUCGGGGGACGCCGCUAACUUAGAGUUGCCUCUACGCAUUUUCACCCCAGAUCUUCCCUCCUCUGCAGUCAUUCCCUUCCUGUUCUUUUUUCGCGCCACAGCAAAGAAACGUCGACCAAUCAGCGCACCAUUCGUCACAUGAGCGUGCGCUAAAGACGCCAUGGGUUUAUACCGAGCAGGAUUCACCAUGCCUACACAUCAAUGCCCUCAUGUUGUAUGCUUCUUAAUUUCUCCCGUCCAUCUCAUAGAGAAAACAUUUAGAAGGCGAUAGGGGCUAAAAGAGAGACGACACAAAAAAAAAAAAUCAGGUACAUCUAUUGUGCAACUCCAUCUACGGCUCUUAUUAUUGUUAAUAUAUAUAUAAAAACUUUGUACAUAUCUGCCGUACUCCAUUUUUAAAUGUUAGUAAGUACUUAGUGGCUCCAGUGAAAUCAUAUCACGCUGACAUACAAUGAAAUAUGAAUCAAAAAAGAGGAUUUCUCUCAGUUUUAACGGUGUGGGAGAAAAACCGACCACAUAAUGGAAACUCAGGUUUGAACAUAUCACUUAACAGGCAAUUAUCUCCAUAAACGUCUAAGGAUCAGCAGGUGAAUCUCGGAUUAUAGAUUUGAGAAUUUGAAGUUCUGGUUUAAAAAGAAAAUCAAAAGGGAAAAAGAAAAGGGACUAUUUUCGGAGUUUUAGUUGGCGUCUUCCACACUUAUCCCUUCCAGAAUAUUCGGUCGGUUUUUGAUAAAAGUACUUCCUGUUUCAGAGCUCAUGUAUUCCACGGGAAUUGAAACAACCGCUCGCGUCCCCCACCCCCCACCUCCCCUAACUUUUAGAGACCCUGUGAGGCAGAAGACCUCUGACUGCUUCUGGCUGAGGGUCGUCAGCGCUUCGAUGUGUGCGGACGGCGGUCAGGAUCGCGUGCUUCAUCUUGACCGUCACUGUUUGUUCAUAUCACAGAGGAGGACGGCACCACUCUAUUAUCAUUCUGUGGUUUAGAUCACACCCUACUUUUGCUAAGUUUCUUUUUAUUUGUGUGUAUUGAUGGUCAAAAAAAGGAUUGGUACUGUAAUUAACAGGUUGGAGGUGGGUGAAACACCGCAAGGUGAUAAUACAGCAGGGAAAAAAAGUGUUGAACACAUCUUUCCUGAGUAAAUUUGUUUCCAUUCAGGCUAUGGCUGUAAUACUCACACCAGAGGCUGCUAACAACCCAAAUAAUCUGCACAUAAAAAGAAAUCAAAGCAAUGCAGUCUAUAAAUUAGGUUCUCUGUAAUCCAGCUGAAAUGUAUUAAACAUUAAGAGGAAAAGCUUUAGACACUGAUGACAAUUUUAAGACGUCUCUGUCGCAUUUCUCUGAUGGAAUUUGAAGGCUUCUUUGAUGGAAACUUUUCUUCAACUCUUCUUGGAAAGUUUUCUCUGCUCUGCAGUUUUUAGAUUAUGCUCAAGUCAAGUGGUUGGUUGAGACAAUCUGGUAGAUUUCUGCCUUUUUCUAAUUUCUUUCUGUACCACAAGUUUUCCCAUGGCUUUCUUUUUCCUACUUUGCAGCAUAAGCUGAUAUCUUUGAAAAUUUGAGGAAACGUGAGCUUGUCGUGCAAAACCUCAGGUCAUGUCAUGUCUUUGAAGUAUUUUUGCUCUUUCUUUUUGAGCUUGUGGUGGAGAUCAAUGGGCCGUAAUUCCCUGUACUGCUGUCCCAUGACCAGCUAUGUAACUUUUUCCAAAUUUAUUGUUUAAUUUCUUUUUUUUUUUUUAUAAGAAUGAUCAACUGGCCCUCUGGGAAUGAACUUUUAUUGCUCUGAGUGCCUCUAAAUGUUAAAAUAGGUAUUAGUUUGAUUAAUCAGACAGUAAAAACUAAAGCUGAGUUAAUAUUGUAGCAGCGCCAUCUAUAAAUGUGGAGCAUUCAUGACGUGCUGCUAAUGUGGCAAUUUUUUAGCUCAUAUGAUUCAUUUGUGUAUGCUCCAGUGUUAAAUGUGUAGGGAGGAGAAACAGGAGCAUUAUUAAGAAUUUAAACAUGACCUCUAUUAAAACAAAAAAGCAAAUAUGCAAUAUCAUGACAGGGGUUAUUAUUAAGAGGUUUGGGUACAUUACUUCUUAGAAAUGCUACCAUUCCCCCAGCAUUUCAGUGGUUUGUCCAAAUAUUCUGCUUUUCCUUCAGCAGUCGAGUCUUGCGCAGUGAAUCUGCAAAAAAGCCCUUGUGGUUAAGUUAAAAAGCAAAAACAAACAUUGGAUUUACUGAUUUUAAAUGAUCACAGACGUGAUUUAGGAUUGGUUAUUUGCUUUUAGACAACUUUUCUGAUCAUGCUUUUCAAUCCUUUGUCAGAAAAAAUGCAAAGAACCAGUCUCUAAGUGUGUUUGGUAAUAAUAAGUGUCUUGAAAUUAGGGUCAGGGUCAUCAGAAAGACAAACCUUAGGGCAUCAACUAAAUCAGCUGCGAUUUUUCUUUAUAUGUUUUCAUUCGUUGCCUUUUUCCUUCUACUUUAUAACAAAUAAUUUGAAGACUGUGCAAUUUGCAUUGAUCUCUUUGUGAGCUUGAAUUACUUGGGUUGUUACAAACAUCCAACUUUAAUUUGUGAUCAGUAGCCCCUCUAGAAAUGCGUUUACAGAGAAGAACAAUGUUUGAUGAUUGUUUCUCUUGCUAUAGCUUGUUAAAAUGUAUUUUUUGUGCAGAGUAAACAAUCUGAUGAUUUGAAGUCAAUGACCUCAGGUGUUCGGGGUUCUCUUUGCUUGGAACAGUUUGAAAGCAGAGCAUUAUGACCAGAAAGGAUUUAAUCAUUAGUGUCAGCUGUAAGAUGAAAUGAGGCUGUAAUAUGAUAUUAUCCGCUUAUCGGGGAUGUGAAAUACUUUAGACUGACACAAAGAAUUCCUCUCAUCGUAUUUUUAUGUUAUGAAUCGCAAAUUCGUCAAAUGAUAUCAGAAACGGGAAAACAAAAUAGGCCUUUGGUUUAAACACAUAUUUGCAAAGUUUAAUAGUCUAUGUGCAUCAUUUGUAAAUUUGAGUGAUGUUUGAAAUGACCUAACAUGAAGGAAUUACACCGGUGGACUAUUCAGGUUCACAAAAAAAAA